ACGCGCUACCGACUGCGCCACACGAUUUGCCUCCUAACAUCUGCUUGAAGAUUAGGCUGGGCUCAAGUCUCGCGAUAUUUCGUCUCACGUGACUUCCUUUCAGCCGCCAUUUUCAAAACAGAGCAAAAUUCGUCCGGAGAAAAGCGAAAGCACUCAACUAGACGACACGUUCAUGUGAAAAUACUGAAUCAAGAGCAGCAUUUUAAACAAAAGAUCAAGAAGUUAAAGACUGACUAUGAUGAUGUCUGGAGUGACAUUGCAGUUGAUGAAACGCUAGUUAAAGACUCUAGCUGUACUUUUCCCAGACUGUGGAUCUUUGCAUGUAGCCACCAUGAAGGGGGUCUGUACAAUAUGCACGGACCAUUUCACAGAUGACAAACCCAUCUCUGCUACACCAUGUGGACAUACAUUCCAUGAAGGAUGUUUGUCGCGGUGGUUGGCGACUCCCACUGGCAGCAGUUGUCCACAGUGUCGCAGAAAAAUCACGGCACGAACCAUCAUCAGCAAACUGUUCUUCGACCAACCUGAUGAUGAUGACGAGGAAGACCCCAGUGCUCUCAGGAAUGAACUUAAUGCUGCUAAGGCAAAACUCAGCGAAAAAGAUAAGGAGAAACGUGACUUGUACAAAGAGAAGGACCAGUUGGAGGACAGACUUGGCACCAUCAGAGUCACGCUACGUGACCUGACAGAGCAGCUUCAAGAUGAGCAAGAUAAAAACAAGACUCUUAAGCAACAAAUGAAGCUGGUGGACAUCCAUAAGAAACAGGCACAGCAAGCAGAGGCUGAUGCCAAGAAGCUCAGAAAGAAACUUGUAGAACUGGAGAGGCUACAGCUGUUGAUCAAGGGAAGCUCCAGCGAAGCAGAAGACUUGAUACAACUCAUGGGGGAGGGAGCAGAGUCAGCCAAGAGCAUGGCAAGGCACUUAACUGUCUUAGAAAAAGGACUAUGAGAAAGUAAAAGAAACGCGAAGAAAAUAUGCCGAUGAUGCGGAAAGAUACAGAAAGGAAUUGUCAUCAAAAACAGCGCAGCUUAGAGAGUCAUCAGAAGAACUUCAGGCCAAAAAGGACCAACUCCGAGAUGCGAAGCAGCAGAUUCAGAACCUCACUGCAAAGAACAAGGUUG